AUGAGUGAAAUCGAGUUGAAUCGAAUACCUACACUAAAAACUAUUUAUGAAAAGGGUCUAUUUAAAUCGCGUGUGUCGAGAAAAUCAAAGCCCCAAUCUUCCCCCCUUUUUACUUAUAAUGAAACAUUUAAUGAAAAAAUUUCUCUUAUUCAAACCGAUAUUACGAGACUAAAGGUCGAUGCGAUAGUUAACGCCGCUAAUGAGUCUCUUUUAGGCGGUGGUGGAGUUGAUGGUGCAAUUCACAGAGCUGCUGGGUCUGGACUUCGAAAAGAAUGUUGGGAUUUAGAUGGUUGUAAAACUGGGGAUGCCAAAAUAACUAAAGGAUAUGAUUUACCAGCUAAACAUGUCAUUCACACUGUUGGCCCAAUUGGUGAAAAAGAAGGUCUUCUUCGUAGCGCUUAUGAGCGAUCUUAUCAGGUUAUGACUGAAAAUAAUAUAAAAAGCAUAGCAUUUUCAAAUAUUAGUACAGGCGUUUAUGGGUAUCCACGUUAUCCUGCUGGUCAUGUUGCCCUUGAUACUACAAGGAAAUGGCUGGAAGAGCACCCUAAUCUUGAGGAGGUUGAUAGGGUCAUUUUCUGUGUGUUUGAAGAUGAAAAUAAGAUUGUAUAUGAAGAACUAUUGCCAUUAUAUUUUCCGCCACCUAGUAGUGAAUCGGAAAACGCUGAUAAACUAGAACUGGAUCCCAAACCUAUUUUGGACGUUGAAAUGGAAGAUGCCAAACGUGACGUUGAAAUGGAAGAUGCCAAACGUGAUGUUGAAAUGGAAGAUGUCAAACGUGACGUUGAAAUGGAAGAUGUCAAACGUGACGUUGAAAUGGAAGAUGUCAAACGUGACAAUGAGGCGGGAGAUGUCAAACGUGACGGUGAGGUUGGAGAUGUCAAACGUGACGGUGAGGUGGAAGAUGUCAAACGUGACGAUGAAGUGAGAGAUGUCAAACGUGACGAUGAAGUGGGAGAUGUCAAACGUGACGAUGAAGUGGGAGAUGUCAAACGUGACGAUGAGGUGGGAGAUGUCAAACGUGACGAUGAGGUGGGAGAUGUCAAACGUAACGAUGAGGUGGGAGAUGUCAAACGUGACGAUGAGGUGGGAGAUGUCAAACGUGACGAUGAGGUGGGAGAUGUCAAACGUGACGAUGAG